ACUCUCCUCCCACACGAAAGCCCACAAAACAUGACUUACAGUCCGAAGCGAGCAAUGGCGGAGCUCCGGCACUCCAUCUCCCUUGGGCCGCGCGCCACUUCUUCGCCGAUGAAGCGCGACGAAGACUCCUCGCCGUUGAUUUCCGACGCGCCGCCUCACCAAGACGACGACGACGGUCGCGGUCGCCAUCCCUACAAAGAUCGCGACCGUCCGUUCUGGUCCCAUCUUCAAUCUCUCUGUCCUUUCCUUGGCGACGACGCCAAGACCUCUAAGAUCUCACUCUUCGCGCUCAUCGUAGUCGCGCUCCUCGGAUUCGUCUUCAUUUUCGCAAUCGUGAAGCGCGUGAAUGCUCCUUACUUGUGUAAAAAGGAUGGCAUUACUCUUCACUGUCCUCAUGUCAAGGAAGCGCCGUCGCUGUGGGAGAAUCCUUAUUCAGCAACCACAUCUUGGAAGCCCUGCGCUGAGCGUCGCGCCGGUGGGAUUUCAGAUCUUCCACCUGAAAAUGAAACAACUGGCUACAUAUUUAUUCACGCAGAGGGUGGUCUAAAUCAACAAAGAAUUGCGAUAUGCAAUGCUGUAGGUGUGGCCAAAAUCAUGAAUGCCACUCUUAUUUUGCCAGUGUUGAAGCAAGACCAGAUUUGGAAAGACCAAACGAAAUUUGAAGAUAUCUUUGAUGUUGAUCAUUUCAUUGAUUACCUGAAGGAUGAUGUACGAAUUGUUCGUGACAUUCCAGAGUGGUUUACUGACAGAACGGAGCUCUUCUCUAGCAUAAGACGAACAGUUAAAAACAUUCCAAAAUAUGCACCAGCGCAAUUUUACAUCGACAAUGUUCUGCCUCGAAUCAAGGAGAAGAAGAUAAUGGCCCUGAAGCCUUUUGUUGAUCGACUCGGGUAUGACAAUGUUCCUCAAGAAAUCAACAGGCUGAGGUGCAGGGUGAACUAUCAUGCUCUUAAAUUUCUUCCUGAGAUAGAGCAGAUGGCUGAUUUAUUGGCAUCAAGGAUGAGAAACCGCACUGGAAGUUCCAAUCCUUAUAUGGCCCUGCAUCUUAGGUUUGAGAAGGGGAUGGUAGGUCUAUCCUUCUGUGAUUUUGUGGGGACAAGGGAAGAGAAAGCUUUAAUGGCAAAGUACAGAGAAAAAGAAUGGCCAAGACGAUAUAAGAAUGGUACCCAUCUCUGGCAAUUAGCCCUGCAGAAGCGGAAGGAAGGGAGAUGCCCCCUUGAGCCUGGGGAAGUAGCUGUGAUUCUACGAGCAAUGGGGUAUCCCAAAGAAACUCAAAUUUACGUUGCUUCAGGACAGGUCUAUGGUGGCCACAACAGAAUGGCACCACUCAGGAACAUGUUUCCAAAUCUGGUAACCAAGGAGGAGUUGGCAACUAAGCAGGAGUUGGAUCACUUCAGGAAGCAUGUGACUAGCUUGGCCGCACUUGAUUUCCUGGUGUGCUUGAAGUCUGAUGUAUUUGUAAUGACCCAUGGAGGCAACUUUGCCAAGCUGAUCAUCGGGGCACGCAGGUACAUGGGUCACCGUCUCAAAUCCAUAAAACCAGACAAGGGGCUGAUGUCUAAAUCCUUUGGAGACCCUUACAUGGGGUGGGCAACCUUUGCCGAGGAGGUGGUUAUCACCCAUGAAACACGGACCGGAUUACCAGAAGCGACCUUUCCUAACUAUGACUUGUGGGAGAAUCCUCUAACUCCUUGCAUGUGCAAAGCUUGAAGUACAAGGAUAUCAAAUGGAAAAGAAAAAAAAAAACUCAACACUGAUUAUUAGAAGCAUCUCCUCCAAGAUCUCGGAUGCCAUAUUUGUGAGAUGAAAUGUGUCCUGGACAACUCAAGGAGGAAAAAAAUUAGGGUAUACAAAUCUUUUUGGUCCGUGUCGAGAAAUUCAGAUAGCUUCGAUGUAUCAUCAUAACUGUGUAAAUUAUUAGAGAAAUGUGAAAGAUGUUUGUCAUGU